AUGGCUGCUACUCAAAUCAAAGGUCUCGGAGACAUUGACAAGUCUUAUGACGGCUCCCAGCUGCGGGUCGGUAUUGUCCACGCUCGUUGGAACGACAAGGUGAUUGCUGCGCUGGUUGAUGGGGCCAAGUCCAAGCUUGCAGCCAUGGGUGUUCCAGAGUCAAACAUUUUCCUGACCACGGUCCCCGGUUCCUACGAGCUGCCGUUUGGCACUAAGGUACUUUACGACGCGCACAAGGGCAAGGAAACCGAGCUUGAUGCCAUCAUCUCCAUUGGUGUUCUCAUCAAGGGCCACACAAUGCACUUUGAGUACAUCUCCGAUGCCGUCUCGCAUGGUCUCAUGCGCACCCAGUUCGAUUUGGGGAUCCCCGUCAUUUUCGGACUCCUGACGUGUCUCACUGAGGAACAGGCUCUUGAGCGUGCCGGGCUUGUUGUCAAUGAGGAGGGUGCUUCUCACUCGCACAAUCAUGGUGAAGACUGGGGUGCUGCUGCUGUUGAAAUGGCUUACAAGAACAAGCACCAUGUUCUUUAA